UCAUCGAUGUUUUUGCACCUCUAGCAUAAGUGUCUAAAUACGACGAUUUAAUAAAAUUUUUUAAUUAAUGCCAACACUGAAGGAUUCGGUUGCUAUUAGUUCUGCAAAACAUGCAGACUCCUCAACAAUUUCAAGUUCUUUUUCGCCCUUGGAACAACCUGUAACUGGCAUAACAAAUAUGCUUGAAUUCCCCUAUUUAAGGACAAGAACAUGCACGAACAAACAGAUCACAACAUCGCCUAAUGUAAAAAAAAUUAAGAAACGCCGCGGCAGUGAUACGUCGAGUGACGAAGAACGCUGGCUUCAUGCCAUCGAAACUGGAAAACUAGCAGAGGUCGAUGACGAAUUAAAGAAAAUCAAGAAUCCAAAAUUAAUGACUGCUCGUCAACGUGCUAUGUAUGAACGUACACAAUAUCCAAAGAGUGGAUUUGCCGAAGAGCUUAUUGCACUUCCAAACGGAUAUAAGGAAAAGGAAAAGCCUCAAACGGCCGAGGAAAUCAACAAGGCAGUCCUUAAGUCCCAAAAGCGGAAGCAGCAGGCGGACGAGCGACGUGAAAAGGACAAGCUAAAAACAAUGGAGCGCUUGUUAAAGAAACAAGAAUCCCAUAGGCAGCGCUAUGCAGUUCGUAUUAAACAAUCACAGAAGCCGUCUUAUCCAAAAAUUACAUACAUAAAUAAUAUUGAAGGAAGCGUUAUAUUAGUACCACCAGGCUGCGAGUUUCCAUUAAAAGCACAAUUACCACGGGCUACACCUUCUGAAGAGUUGUGCUGUAUUAGCGGUUGUGGAAAUCGCAAGUCAUAUAAUUGUUCUAUUUCAAGGAACCCUCUAUGUAGUCUUGCGUGUUAUAAAAAGAAUAGCAUAUAUUUAAAUCAAUAAAAAAGGUCGAUCUGUACACAAAACUA